AUGGCGAUUGCAGACCGCGCGCCGGGCAUGUUGUGUUCUUUAUCUGUGUGUUAUAGUGUGUGUUCGUGCGCUCGUCUUGGAGACUCUGGUGGGAGAGUUUAUCUGAAAACUUUUCGAAAGAGGCGAACGCUCUCUCCGUACUACGAAAAAUACUCUCAAAACGAGAAGAUAUUUCAGUCGUCUCGUGACUGGAUAUGUGUUUCGAGAGAUCUUUCCGUCAGAGAAGGCGUGGUAUUGGUGCAGAAAGCAGCAGGCAAACAACACAAUAAAGAAGAGAGUUGUUUGUUCUUUCUUUACUCGUUUGGGGAAAAGAAACGCCUCCUUUUCGUGGCUCUGUUUGUUUUGUCCUCAGAGAGAGAGAAGAAUACACACGUAUAUAAAAUGAGGACGACGUCGUGCACCACCACCACUUCCUACGCGUCGUGUUCUUUCCGCGUUCGACGGAAGAGGACUUCGACGAAAAGAAAUUCGAUUCGAUUUUUCUCGACGGUAUCGUCUUCGUCAUCUUUCGAAAGAGAUGACGACGACGACGCCGUGGCGACGAUGGAGCGGAAAAGCAGCGGCGAGACGUCGACGUCCUCCUCUUUUACGAUGACGACAACGAGCGUCACUUUGAGAGAAGACAAAGAAGAAACAAAAGCGGUGAAAACGUUCAAGAUGAGACAAGGCAGGCACGCUUCGUUUUCGGCGAAAAAAUCCGGCACGGUGCACGUGCUCGAGGUGUCGGAUCCUUCGAGAGGGUUACGAGAAUACAUGAGCUUACCGGCGACGUCGUACUCUACUUUAGACGGAGAAACGGUGAAACGAAUAGACGACUGCACGUUCGAGUGCACGCUAGGGACGCUCUCAUUUCUUGGGUUUAAGAUUACGCCGACGGUCACGGCGAAGGUGGACGUGAGGCCGAACGGCGCGGGGCCGAUGAUUUCAGUCGAAGAGGCGACGAUUUCGGGGAGUAAGAUUGUGGAAGAUGCGAACGAACAGUUUCAGUUGAGUUCGGUGAACGACGUGUCGUGGUUUGAUUCCGCGACGGAGGAGUUUCCGAACCAGAAAACGAUUCAAUCGGAUACGACGGUGAGCGUGUAUUUGAUCGUGCCGAGGUGGUUUCCGUUUACGGUGAAGAGCACGGAGAGGACCGGGAGGUUUGUCGUGAAUCAAGUGGUUGGUCAAGUUGUUCCGAGAUUUUUGAAACAGUUGAAAGCGGAUUACGAGGUGUGGAGUUUAGGGGACGAUUCGAGGAAAGCCGUGUGUGAGGGCGGGUUGUUUGACGUCGAUCAAUCGAAAAGCAAUCCGGAGAUGUGCGACGUAUCUUCAAAGGAAGAAGACGAACAGGAUUGA